AUGUCUAGAGAAGACAUAGAAAGAGGCGUAGGAGGAGGAGGAGGAGGAGGAGUUAAGAGCAGAGGAAACAGCAGCAACAACAACGGCAACAGCAACAGUUACUUGUCAACUUCAACAUAUGUGAUAGAAGAUACAGAAGCUCAUUACUGGACAUCAUGGCUUGUACCUAUGUUUGUGGUGGCAAAUGUUGCUGUCUUCAUUGUUGUGAUGUACAUCAAUAAUUGUCCUAAACAUUUACAUACAAGAAUCGAGGGGAAGUGUUUUGCAAGGUUUCUUGGGAGGUUUUCUUUCGAGCCUUUGAAAGAUAAUCCCCUUUUUGGUCCCUCUUCUGCUACAUUGGAGAAGUUGGGAGCUCUUGAGUGGACUAAGAUUGUACAUAAGCACCAAGGAUGGAGGCUUAUCACUUGUAUCUGGUUGCAUGCUGGUGUUAUUCAUCUUGUGGCAAACAUGCUGAGUCUGGUCUUCAUUGGAAUUCGUCUCGAGCAGCAAUUCGGGUUUGUUCGCAUUGGAGUUAUUUACCUGCUGUCAGGAUUCGGUGGUAGUGUGCUUUCCUCUCUAUUUAUUAGAAACAACAUCUCUGUUGGCGCCUCGGGGGCCCUUUUCGGGCUUCUUGGAGCAAUGCUUUCAGAACUAAUUACAAACUGGAGCAUCUAUACCAACAAGGCUGCAGCUCUGAUCACGCUUAUGGUCAUCAUAGCCAUUAACCUUGCAAUAGGAAUUCUGCCACAUGUUGAUAACUUUGCCCAUAUUGGUGGAUUUCUAUCAGGAUUCCUCCUAGGCUUUGUUCUGCUACCCCGUCCUCAAUAUAGUUGGCUAGAGCGUCGAAAUCUUCCCUCCGGUGCUGGUCUCAAAUCUAAGUACAAGGUUUACCAAUAUGCUCUAUGGCUGGUUUCUGUGGCUCUGCUGAUUGUAGGAUUCACAGUUGCAUUGGUGAUGUUGUUCAAGGGAAAGAAUGGAAAUGAUCAUUGCCAUUGGUGUCACUACCUCAGCUGUCUACUUCUAGAGGGUGGUCCAAAUCAAGUUUUUCUAAAAAUGGAGGUCCAAAAAGGAUUGAAUGGAUGGCUUAUUUUGCUAUUUCUAUCAUGGGCCCUGGCAGUGGCGGCCGAUGUGGACUGCACCACCGUGACAGGGUUCCUCACGGCUUGCUCCACCUUCAUCAAUUAUGGUACACCAGACCCACUUCCAGGUUCACCAUGUUGUGAUUCCAUGAUGAGCUUGGAUGUGAUUGGUGAAUCUGGGAAUAAUAAGAGGUCUAUUUGUCAAUGCUUAAUGGGCCUCAUUACUACCUAUAGUUCUAAUUCUACAGCUAUUGCUACUUUGCCAGGCUUUUGUGGAGUAAAUCUGGGCUUUGUUCUUGAUCCAAAUACAGAUUGCUCCUUGUAA